AGGUGAUGGCAAGUGUGUGUGAAUCCGGUUGGGACCGUAUUUCUCAAACAUCUUUGUGGUCUCUGCCUCUUGGGGUCUGAAUCUCCUCUUCCGGGAUCUUCCUGUGUCUCCAUCUCCCUCUCCCUAUGAUUUUUUUCUCUUUCCCCGCCUCAGCCACGUCCCGUCUCCUCUGUGGCUUCUUGCCUCGGAGUCCUGCUGCUUCUCCCGCCUGCAGCCUGAUUUCUGUGCAGGGCUCCUGUUCAUUGGUCAUUCAAGACUCCAGAGCCCGCCUUAGGGAUCUUCCUCCUCACCCUCGUCCUCCCUCAGGCCACUGACUGUCCUGCAUGUAGAUCGGGCACCUGGAGGUCAUGGGGAACGAGGGCUCCCCCUCUUUGGAGAUGCCCAGGAGGGUUCUAUGUCCUCAGCCCCCUUCCCCAUGUAGUCAAGCUCUGGCCCAGCAGGCAGUCAGCUCUUUCUAACAGGGGAUCCCCCUGGAUGGCUCCCUCUCCAGGCAUCCAGGCCAGGCCCCAGGGCUUCCUCCUCCCCCAGUGACAUUUCCCAACCCCAAUUAAUCACAGGGUGGCCCCAGGGAGGAGGAAGGAGAUGGCAUGGUGAACCAUAAAGAAGCAGGGACACCAGAGCCAGAUGCCAGGACCCAGGCGCCCAGAGGUCAUGCAGCUGGGAUUUGUGUGUGCUCUGCUUUCUCUCCUGGCAGGGAACAGCUGGGCAGACACCAGAGCCAUUGGGGCUCAGGAAUGCCACCCCAACUCGCAGCCCUGGCAGGCAGGCCUCUUCUAUGUCACGCGCAACCCCUACCGCUUAUUGUGCGGGGCGACCCUCGUCAGUGACCGCUGGCUGCUCACAGCUGCCCACUGCCAAAGGCCGUUUCUGUGGGUCCGCCUGGGGGAGCAUCACCUCCAGAAAAGGGAGGGCCCAGAGCAGCUGUUCCGGGUCAUGGACUUCUUCCCCCACCCUGGGUUCAAGCAGAACCGUAUCACCCAAGACUACAAGGAUGACAUCAUGCUGAUCCGUCUGCCCAGGAAGGCACGCCUGGGGCCUGCCGUGCAGCCCCUCAACGUCAGUGAGACCUGCGUCUCCCCCGGCACCCAGUGCCUCAUCUCAGGCUGGGGGGCCGUGUCCAGCCCCACAGUGCAUUUCCCAGUCACGCUGCAGUGUGCCAACAUCAGCAUCCUGGAGCCCAGACUCUGCCAGCGGGCAUAUCCCGGCCAAAUCUCCAAGGGCAUGCUCUGUGCCGGCCUGUGGGAGGGGGGCCGCGGCUCCUGCCAGGGCGACUCUGGGGGCCCCCUGGUUUGCCAUGGGACUCUGGCUGGUGUGGUGUCUGGGGGCUCUGAGCUCUGCUCCCGACCUCACCACCCCGGUGUCUAUAGUAGCGUUUGCCACUACGUGCGCUGGAUCAGAAAGACGAUGGAGGAAUACUGAGCCCUCGUGCCUUGGAUGACGGGGGUGGGGGGGCACAGGGUAGCGGGGGUCCAGCCUCCAUGGUCUCCACCCGUGCCCUCAGCUGUCCUGGAGAGGAGCCUUCUGGAUACUUAGGCUCCGCCCCCUUGGGAUGGAGCAGGAAGACAGACACUUGCAGCCUCCUGGUUCCAGCUCUAAGACGUCAGCAAGAACUACCACCUUGUGGAACAGCACCACCUGGUGGCUCAACCCCAGGAUGGCAAUAGCCCCGCCCCUCGGAACUUUGCCCAAUGAGAGACCCAGAAGAUGCUCUGCUCCCCUGGACCCCCAAUCCCACGAACCUACUAGGAUUUCAGGCUCCCCUCUCCUCCUCUCAGCCCAGGAUCUCCCUCCCCCAGGCCUCAGCAUGGGACGCCCACCGCCUGCUGCCAUGUGCUCCUGGAUCUUCCUGCUCUUGCUGCUGGAAGCCUGUGCAGCUCCACGACCCCACUGGCAGCUGCAUGCCCGGCUUCUCCCUGCAGAGCCAGGUGGACCUCGCACGCAGGACACUGGCCUGGGCAGGACGCUCACAUGGAGCAGAAGCCAGGGGCAGCGGCCUUUAUCCUGGUCCUGC